CACAGCGCCCCGCCCACCUUUCCUAUUACCACACCCCGCAUUCUCUAACUGGUAUGGCUACCCCUGUCACUCUCUCUUUGCUCCUCCUUCCUCCAAUCUAGCCCCGCCCCUCCCUCGCACUGCGCCGAGUGUCCCUGUCAGUCUGAGAGAACCCGCAGUCCUUUCCAGACACUUCCAGCCCAUUCCCUGGCGUCACUAAGUCCAAUAAGUAGCGGAGAGAGUCGUGAGUAUGGCCUAUAGCCCCGUGUCCCGGAGCAGCACGAACACUACUCAAGGCUCACUCAUGUCUCAUAACAACCAGCCCCUCCCACCCGGCUGGGAGAUGAAGUUGGACCCGCACACCGGCUGCUCCUUCUUUGUGGAUCAUAAUAACCGGGUCACUACUUGGACUGACCCCAGACUGCAGGACACAGGCAAGGUCGGACAAACGUUGGCCAAUGGCCCCUCGCAAGAGAGUCAAAAGCCCCUUCCUUUGAGAGAAGGAAAUGUUUAUUACCCUCAGCUCCGGCCUGGUUAUAUCCCUAUCCCCAUCAUGCAUGAAGGUGUGGAAAACAGACAGCAGCACCCCUUCUAUGCGCUCCAUCAGCCGGGAAUGCAACGAGUGCGCUGUGAUCCUAUAUCUACGCAAAACCGACCCCAGUCUCCCCUGAGGAAUUUUAAUAGGCCUCAGUCCCCCGCAUGGAGCUCAACGGAAACACCGCAGGCCGACAGGCAAGGAAUGGCGUCACCUUCACAGAGCGGAUCCCCUCAAGGACCUUCGCCUCCUCCAUCCAUUGCAGAGUCUCACCUCUCUCAGUCCCCCAGCAGGCAGAGUGUCCUCUCUCAGUCUCCUGGUAGACAGAGCACUGGCUACUCACUGCCACGUGGCUAUAUUUCUAUCCCUGUGAUCCACCAGGGGGGCAAUGCAUCACCACGGCUUCCAUCACACGGUUUCCAGCAGAAGCCCAAGACCCAUUACCCACAAGGAACGGGUGAUUACCAGCCGCACUAUCCGGUGUUUCACAAAAUUCAAGAUGAGAGGGACUCAAGGCCACCACCGGUCCAGUCCACCAGAGCCACCACAAAGCCAACAUCAAGUAGAGAAGGUUCACCUAUCAUAGUGCAGCAUGCCAUGGAGAAGCCUCAGGUCCAUCAGAUACCUCAACCCCGGGAGUCUCCACCAAAGCCUCCAUCAGAGAACAAACCAACUUCCCCAACCAGGGAACAGCUUCAAGGGCAAAUCCCUAUACAAGUACUCCUACAGGAGAGAGCGUGUAAGUCCCCUCCACAGACAAGAGAAGAGGAGAAACUUCCCACCCCUGUUCCAAUGACCCCUCCAAAAGUAACACCUGUCUUUACCACCCAUGUUCCAAUGCCCCCUCCAGAAUUUACAGCUGUCCCACAAGAACCAGUUGGUGAGAAGGCAUCAGAAGUGCCAGAACCCCAACACAAGCACCCCGGUGUCCUUCAGAUAGAGCGGAUCUUGGAGCGAGUAAAGGCCAUGGAGCAAGCCGUUAAUGGUUUUCAGGGCAGGAAAAAUGAAAAGACUUAUUUGAUACUAGAGGAAGAUCUCACAAAAGUGCUGCUGGCUCUGGAUUCUGUAGAUCCCGAAGGCCGAGUAGACGUGCGCCAGGCAAGAAGGGAUGGUGUCAGAAAAGUCCAGAAAAUUCUGGAAACACUGGAAGAGAAAACAUCCAAAAACUCCCAGUGUACCCAGGCUUUGGACUCACAAGAUUCCAUGGAUGUUGAUAACACAGUGUACAGAAGUAGUGGAACAACGGAAAACUCGCAAACGGAACCUGCGUGCACAACCUCAAGUUUGGUGGGACACUAGCCACCUGCUUUUGGGGAGAAAUAAAAUUCACGAACUUGAUGAAGUGGGUAGGAAUUGAGUUUAGCUGCAUGCGUUUUCAGCAUUUCGAAAAGCUCUUGCUUUUUCUCACACUAUAAGAAGCACGAGCACCGCUGUGGAUAAGCAACGACAUACUCAAUGCUUGAAUAGACUUUGAACUGAGAUCAUAUGCCAAACUACUACUGCCUGGGUGUCUGGUGGGAGAUUUACAGCUUAAUAGAGACACGUUUGGUAUUUCAUGUAUAGCGUUUUAGAACACAUUUAUCAUCUUUGAUGUUUGACAUUUUAAAGAAGAACUAAAGCCUAAAAACACUAUAAAUGCUGUAUUUUAUAUACUGUACCAGCCCAGGGGUUCAGCAUCCCUUUAACAAUCCAGGCCUUCAUUGGCCCCAGCAGCUCCCCAUCUUGGAUCCUGUUCGGCCAUAUUUUGUGUGUCAUUGGCACUGCACGUGCUCAGUAGACUCUGGGCUGCUGUUGAGAAGCUAAGCUUAGUAUGGGGAGCUAAUUGGAAUAUCUUUGGAAGAACAGAUCUUUACUCUUAAAGGGCUGCAGUAGCCUUGGCCUAUUAAAGCAGCCUAAUUUUAUUAAGCAUUAGUUCUCCUUUAACACUUUUCACUACUGCUAGGACGGUGCUUUCACUACUGCUAAUUCUGAUUAACGGCUAAUAUUGCACGUGGAAACUAGGGAGCUAAAGGGUAAAAAACUGCUGUAUUCUUAACUUGUGACAUUUUCCAUAUAAAGCAGAUUGAAUCCCCCACUAUACUGCUCUGGCCAAGGGGCACUAAAGAGAAGGUAGUAAAUUUUCCAUAUAGGGUAUAUUUUACAUUGACUGAAACUGAAUACGUUGUAUUAGCAGAAUACUUGUUUGUUGUAACAGCUAUAGAGUCACAGGUUGGGCAAAAGAGAUAGAAUGUGUGACUAUUGCUAUAUUUCUCUCUUGUCCCCAACUCCAAAGGGUUGGUGCAGCUUUGGAUUUACUUUUAGGGUGCCUAGGCCUUAAGGGGUGCUGAUUUGGGUAUGGAGCACCCAUCUCACCUUCUGAGAUUGUUGGCCAAGGGUAAGCAAGAAUAGAUACUAUACCACUGCAAAGUACCCAAGGGGUUUUCUCUUUUCUCAGUUGUAAUCAAGCUGACAAAUAUCAGUACCGCAACUGCCAGAUAUGGGUCCUUAAAUUCAGGCCCGGACUGGCAAUCUGUGGGUUCUGGCAAAUGCCAGAGGGGCUGCUAUAAGGUCCCAUUGAAAGUCAGUAUUUAGUGGGCUGGUUGGGGCUGUUUGGGCCUCUGUGUACCUGAAAUGCCAAGGCCUAUUGUAAUUCUCAGUCCAGCCCUGCUUAAAUUGCCUUUAUUAAAGCGGAGGCCAUAGGUAGACACUGAAAUGCCUGAUGUAUCUUAAGAGCAGUACUGAGGGGGCAGCUUUGCUCUGCCCAUAUCUCCCUAGAAAUACAAUCUCCUUACAGACCCAAAUCCAAAACUCAAGUGGGCUGGAACUCAAGCUGGAAAAAAAAUGAAAGCCAAGACCUGAUUGGUUGCUGUUAGCAACCGCACUGCGUACAUGUCUGUAAAUCAGCCCUUAGAAUUGGUGUUAUUAUGGGCAAGUGGAGAAACCGUACAGAAUCCGGAGUUUCAAGCGUUACUAGUAAUCACAAGCGGGCACUUUAGUGACCCUGUAAAGCGUGAUAUAGGAAUAUUUAUAUGUGUGAAUACGACUUUAACAGUUUAUUUUAAAAUAAAACAAAAUUGAA